AUGUCUGGCGCCUGGGAGCUCACAAGAAAUAAUCCCGAAAGCCGUGUUGAAGCGAGAGAAAGUCGAAGCUCCGUAGGAAUGGAUCAACCACAACAAGGCGGUUGGCGAGAAAGACAAGAGGAUCCACCCAGUCCAUCCCCAAGUGGCCGCGGGUACGGGAACUAUGCUCUAUCUACUAGCUCUUUUCCCAUGGCCCGACCUGAACAAAUCAUGCCUGUUGUUGUGACACCGGUGACUCCUACUCCAGUCGUCAAAGAACUUCAUUCCCUUCUUACACUCCGUGGAAGCCAAAUGUACCCGGGUUCAUCAUCUUUACGGCAUAGAAGUUCAAGAUCAGCCCCGUAUAGUGUUCGCAAAGGUGCCCAGAAAGCUGCAAAUAAGAGGUUCGAUAGAGGUGAUCCGUUCACCAGCUGUGGAAACUCUGUGAAUAAAGAAUUAAACCAGACAAGCCUAAUGGAGACUCCGGAAGAAGAUAUGCAAGUAUUGGAGAUGCGUUUAAGUGGAUUAAAAAUGUAA